AUGUCCUCCACGCGAUCUCUGUACCGCUCCCUCCUCCGCGAGUUUAGGCUUGCUCUCCGGUCCCUGGUGACGUCCGGCGGGAAAGACGUCGACCGGGCUCUUCUUGAGGCUCGCGAUUUCCUCAAAGCCAAGAGGAUACACCAUGAGCUCGUGAAGAGGUACAACCCCACUCACGACAUGACCCAGGAGGAACGUGUUGCCGCUACGGCUCGACGAGUCGGUCUUGACAAGCCGGAAGAGUUCAAGGGAGAGUGA